AUGCUCUCGGACACGCCGCCAUCCGCCAUACGUGCCAACAAGACAAGUACCGACACGACGAGGAUAUGGUACCCUGUUCCCGAGCUCGUCGAGACGGAUGCCCACGCAACAAUGUUAGCCAAAGCGCAUGGGAUACUGCAGCAAAUGGCUGGUCACGACAGAGCGACGACAGAAGCACUGGAGAUGAAUGCAAACAUGCCCGAAUACUGCCUCGACGAAGCAUCCUGGAUGGCAACUCAGGUGAGCCCAUUGCAACCGCCGUACACCCGAACGACCACGAUCAAGACUGUCGCACGCCUUCCAAAGGAUUUACUUGUCGCGGCAGACUCGUCAACUUUGCACAGCAAGCGACUUCACCACUGCGACUACAUGUGGAAGCGUGGCCGGGUCAACCAAGCGAUGAAAAGGAGAUACAUGGAUCUGCAAGACAGCAAGCUCUCCUACUUCAAGGCACUCUCCGACGGCAACCAAUACCCCCGUGGAGUUGUGAAUUUGACCGAAGUGUCGCUCGUUCGGCCAAAUGCGGACUUGACGCAGCUAGAGCUGGUGACGAGCAAACGCACGUGGGUGUUGCAGCCCGAGCUUGACUUUGAAGCGUGGGCCCGGGCCAUUUGCGAAUCCGUGCCUUACAAUGUUGUGCAUGUCGCACUCGUUAGUUUGCUACAACUGACUGAAGUCGACUCGUCCAGCAAGAACGAAGUACGCUUGGUCAUCUUGCCAACAGACACGGUCGACGACGUUGUUGGUCAUGUGUUUGAGAGUCAUCUUGCAAAACUCGACAGCGUGCCACUUGCUAGCCCGUACAACCCGUCCGACUACUUUUUGCAAGUCACGGGGUUCCACGAUUACAUGGUUCAUCGCACGACACCGAUGGAUCGGUACGUCCACGUCCAGGAAUGCAUGGCGACCAAAGCGACGCUUUUCCUAACGUUGCUGCACCGGGACCGCAUUGCCGCCACGAUUUACCAUCCCAACCGUCCAAUGAUAGCACCUUUGAAAGACUACGCGACGCCUCAGCAAGAACAGGAUCUUUCCCAUGGCACUGUGGCCCCGCAGCACGUCGGCUCCCUCGAACUCGAUCGAUCGUUGGACAGGAGUGGAUGGCUCAUCCACCAACACGCGUCGUCAUCGUGGACGAAGAAGUGGUGCCAAUUGACAUACUCAACAGGCACGAUGGUCAUGGCUGCCAUCAACAAGUCCCAUGGACCAAUGCUGCAUGAGGCACUGCCUCUAAGCGGAGCCAAUGUGACUGCGCUGGCAAAUGCGCCUCAUCCGGGGCAACAGGCAUGGGUAUUUCAAUUGGCCUUCCCAGGCAACUCGACAGGUAUCUUGCUCGGUACCCGAACUCGGUACGAGCGGGAUGCGUGGGUCAAAACGAUUCAACUGGUGGUAGCAGCAGCGUCGCCAGUCGAACGCGAUGCGGCCAAGUCCAACGUGCCAACCGUCGCUGACUUGGGCGAGUUCCAUUACGUUGUCCAUUUGAUCCGCGAAAGCCCAUUGUUUCAACUGUGUGGCUUCGAGAAAGCUGCCUUGUGGCACCACCGGCGCGAGUUCUUGGACUCGUUCGAAGCGUUGCCCCGACUCCUGUCUAGCGUGAACUGGCGCGAUCCGCAACAAGCACGUGACAUGGUAGAGUUGCUGCCAGAGUGGACGAAACCUUCCCACCCGGCGUUGUACAUUGCGCUGCUAGAAUGCGGGGAUUCUCGCGUGCGCCAGUUCGUCGUGGACCAGCUGGCCACAUUGUCGGACAACACAUUUCGACUGAUACUUCCACAACUCGUGCAAGCUGUCAAAAGCGAUGCACAGGAGAUGUCGCCGCUGUCGGCGUUGCUGAUCGAGCGCGCAGUCAAGGCCCCGACAACACUUGGCGUUGACUUGUAUUGGGCACUCAAAGUCGAGACGGACUUGCCGCAGCAUCGUGAGCGCUUUGGUCUCGUUCUGAAUGCCUACAUCGGCAUUUGCACUGACAACAUACGUUCGACCCUCGAGCUCCAAGACGCGAUGUUUGGCCUGGGAGGGCGCGUGGAGGCUGUGUGUCGUGAAAUCAAGCGCGUCCAGAAGUUGGGUGCGUCCGACAAGGAUGUGUCAGCGCUGCUGCAUGCCCAAUUGACCAACGUCAACAAGUCGUUGCAGCCCUGCCUGUUGCCUGUUGACUCGCGCGUCAAGGUGGGCCAACUCGUGGUCGCCAACUGCCGCGUAAUGCGGUCCACACACGUUGCGUUAUGGCUUGAAUUCGAAAAUGCCGAAAUUGGCCAUCCGUCCGUUUGCGUGAUCUUCAAGUAUGGCAACGAUGUUCGACAGGAAGCGCUGGCGCUUCAGCUCAUGCGCGUGAUGGACGUCAUUUGGAAGGAAGAAGGAAUGCACUUGGGCGUGGAGCCAUGUCGGUGCGUCGCCACCGGUUCAAGCAUGGGGUUAAUACAAGUGGUGCCCCAAGCCAUUUCAUUCGCUGCCAUCCAACGCCAAGUGGGAGGCUUGAGAGGUCUGCUCGGCAGGGUCGACUUCGACCGUGUCCUGCUCUGGAUCCACGAAUCCAAUCCAAAACCUUUAAAGCUGGCGACGAUGAAAGACCUGUUUCUCCGGUCAUGUGCUGGCCAUUGCGUCGCCGUGCAUGUCUUGGGCUUUCAAAACACAACUUGCGACAACAUUUUCGUGACUCUAUCGGCCCGAUGUUAUCUCGUUGACGUCGGCACCCUUCUCAGACGCUGCACCAUCACGCAAGAACUUCAGCCGGUCGGGCUGACGACACAAGUGUCGCACGUGGUCGAGGACGGCAAUGGUCGUGAGUUGGACGAGUUUAUCAAGACGGGGGUCGAAGCGUUCAACUCGAUUCGCCGUCACUUGCACUUGCUCCUUUCGCUAUUACAGCUCAUGAUACCUUUACAGCUGCCCAAUCUCAAAAACCAAGACGACCUCAUGUACAUCGUCGAGGCCAUCGCCCCAGAGAAAACGUCGAAAGACGCUGCUCUUAUGUUUGAAGACCUUAUCACCAGAACCCCAACAAUCGGACGACUUGGUCCAUUCAAGUUGGUGCUGGACGAAAUUAAAAGGCGGUGGGGACAGCUGUAGGAUUGCCAACUAACCCUGAGUACAUGCAAGCUGUUA